CCUUCAUUGUUCGACCAAGGACUUCAACCACCAUAAACAAAAAUGCCCAGUCUAUCAACAAUCUCUCUCCUUCCCGCAUUGCCAGAAGAUGCGCCAAUACUAUCUCGCGUUCACUCCGACGCCUUCCCCAACAACACGCUCUUUGAUCUCAUGUUUGGCCUUCCGACAGAGGAGAACAUGAAGGGAUUUACGAGCUAUCUCUCGGAACUUAUCGCUAGUGACAAAACAGGACUAUUUGUGAAAGCCGUCGACAACAGCACUAAUCAGAUUGUGGGCUGGUCUUGGUGGAACUUCUACCUCGAUCCUGAGUCUCAUUUAGCAGGGGCUAAGGCUUUCGCGAAGGAACAUAGCUCGCCGCCUGAGUCAGCCAUUAACCCCGAGACCUUCAUGGAAUACUUCCAAGCGGUGAUCUCGAGACGAGAGAAGUGGGUUGGCGGAAAGCCUGCCGCGUACCUCCAAGUCCUUGUUGUCAUCCCAGAAUACCAAGGGAAGGGAAUUGGCACAAAGCUCAUGGAAAGGGGGCUUGAGAAAGCAGCGACCCAUAACCUUCCGAUCUGGCUAGAGUCAUCUGAAGAUGGAUAUGUAUUGUAUAAGAAGCUGGGCUUCAAGGACCUUAACGAUACCAUUAUCAUUGACUUCGCCAAAUACGGAGAAUCAGGUAAAUGCAUCACGGCCUGUAUGCUGUUAACUCAUGACAGCUCCUAGAUAGAAUUUCAAUGAAUGUAGAUCUCGUGAAGGCAU